UUGCAGCCCUGGCGCUCACGGCUGCGGACCGAGCAGCCACGGCCCCAGAGCUGCUCUUCGAGGAUGUGACCCUACAAGGCCUCUCCCAGCUCCCAGCCCCUUUGCAGCUGUCCGGGCGGGGACAGCGUGGGGGGAUUUCUCACGAGACCUUGGAAGCAGACGAGCAGCUCUUGGCGUUUCCUGCUGUUUUUCCCUGAGCCGCUGCCCAGCGGAUCCCAGGAAUCACAGCAGCUUCGAGGAAAGCGGAGCGCAGCAGUGGCACGGAGCAGAGUGCGGCUCCGUCCCACGAAGGGUCUUCAUCCCCACCGCCGGAGCUGAGAGCAGAGGUAGGGGUGCUGGGAUGCACAGCAUCGCCUUGCAGGGGGGACAGCAUUGCCUUGGGGACAACGGUGCCGUUGUCACCACAAAAGCUGCCUCUGUCACAUGCUGGGGACGGUCACCGGGCUCCAGCCUACGUGGAUCCGAGGCUGUGCAGUGCCUGGCGGGGUGCCCGCGCUGCCCGGGGGUGGCACAGGGCUGUCAGUGUGCAGAGCGGCCGUCCAGCGGGGCUGGGAGCGAGCAGAGCGUGGAGGGGGGAAGGCUCGGGGUGAGGAUCUGGGCUGGAGACAGCUCUGCUUGGCCGUCGAUGGGGACAACCGUGCACAAAGCCACCAGCUCCCGUGCUCCCUCGUUGUGUUUCCUUAUCGAGGUGUUUUUUCCUGCUGGAGGGGGACCCUGUCUCUUGUAUUGGGUGCCACCCCUCAGCACUGCACACUCGGCCACACGCCCUGCCUCCGUUUCUCUCUUUGAUUGAGAGCUGCGCCAUCGGUGUGGUGAGUUUUGGGGAGGCUCUUCUUGGUCCUGCUGCCCCCCUCCCAUCCCCUCUAUUUAUCUUUGCAGCCAUGGCUGAGGAUGGAGGGGCUGCCUCCGACAGCCCCCAGGCGGUCGCCCUGUGUGCGCACAGUGUGGAGGAGCUGUAUGAGCUGCUGGAGACCCUGGGCAGUGGGCACUUCGGAGUGGUGAAGCGGUGCCGGGAGCGCAGCACCGGCACUUUCUAUGCUGCCAAAUUUGUGAAGACGCGGCGGUGCCGGGGCAGCCGGCGGGGUCUGGAGAGGUUGCAGGUGGAGCGGGAGGUGGCCAUCCUGCGGGACCUGCAGCACCCUAACAUCAUGCAGCUGCACGACCUCUUCACAUGCAGAGCUGAGAUGGUGCUGGUGCUGGAGCUGAUGCGUGGUGGGGAACUCUUUGACUUCAUUGCGGAGAAGGAGAUGCUGUUGGAGGAGGAGGCCAUCGAGUUCCUGGAGCAGAUCCUGCUUGGGGUGCAGUACCUUCAUGGGCGCCACAUCGCCCACUUUGACCUCAAGCCUGAGAACAUCAUGCUGCAGGAGAAGGAUGUGCCUAAGCCCCAAAUCAAGAUCAUCGACUUCGGCCUGGCCCAGAAGCUGGAGGAUGGUGUCACCUUCAAGAGCCUCUGUGGGACCCCCCAGUACAUUGCUCCUGAAGUGAUCAACUACGAACCACUGAGCUCCGCCACCGACAUGUGGAGCAUCGGGGUUAUCACUUACAUCCUGCUCAGCGGCUUGUCCCCCUUCCAGGGUGAGACAGAUGCUGAGACCCUCUCCAACGUCCUGGAGGGCGCCUAUGAGUUCGAGGAGCGCUACUUCAGUGACACCUCUGAGAUGGCCAAGGACUUCAUCCGACAGCUGUUGGUGAAGGAGCCUCAGGAGCGAAUGACUGCAUCUGAGUGCCUCGUGCACCCCUGGAUUAAGCCCCUGAACAGGAAACAGGCAGCAAAACGGUGCCGCUCCUCCAUCAACAUGAAAAACUUCCGCAAGUUCAACGCCCGGAGGAAGUGGAAGCUCUCCUACAACAUGGUGUCUGCCUGCAACCGGCUGUGCCGCAUGCGGCUGCUCUGCAGCCCCGGGACGGAGGGCGAGGAGCUGCGCUGCUGUGAGAGCGACCAGGAGGAGGAAGGCAGCCGCCCCGUGACGCUGCUCCGUCGGCGUAGGAGCAGCUGCUCCUGAGCUCCCAUCCAGGGUGGGGACAGCAGAAUGGGGCAAUCCCACGAGAGGGACCUCUGGACCCCCCUUCACCCCCAGCAGAUGUGAGCACCUGGGUGCUGGAGCUGCUGCUCGCAGUGCUGCUGUGCUGAGGGUCACCGGGGCAGAGCCAGGGGCACUGCUGUGCUCCCCAGGUACACCCUCACCUGAGGGCUCUGCCCUUCCCUUGGCUCUAAUUCGAGAAAUAAAUGUGCCCCGAUCCUCA